AUGAGUCCUCCCAAAGGAGGAAAAAAGAAAAAGAAAGGUGAUGACAAGAGUGCAGAAGAAUUUCCGCGACUUGAGGGCCAUCGAGAGGGUCCCAAGUUUAUGGUCAUAAAGCGUACGGACCAGAAAGAUUCGUCGUUCGAAAAGGUGAGCCCCAUCUUCAUACACAAAGAAAUCAAGUCCGCAUGUGGGGAACCGCUUACUACAGUGAAACUUCGUAAUGGAACUCUACUAGUUAAGACGAAGAGCAUCGCACAAGCAAAUCAGUUGCUGCGCUGCAAAAUGUUGUUUGAUAUGACUGUAAGUGUCGAGGAAAACGUUAAACUGAACCAAACCAAAGGAAUCAUCACAAGUGCAGAUCUUCGUUAUGCCACGAUUAAGGAGAUCGUAGAGGAAUUAUCUAGUCAGGGCGUCUGUCAAGUGGAACAAAUGAAAAGAAAGAGGUUAGGUAUACUGGAACCAACGAACAGCUUUAUUCUCACAUUCAAAUCAUCGGGAGUUCCGGAGACGGUGAAAGUGGGAUAUCUCGUACUGAAUGUACGACUGUUCAUUCCUAGACCAAUCCGAUGCUACCAAUGUCAGUAUUACAGUCAUCCUGCGACGUAUUGUCCAAAUGAAGAAGUGUGCAGUAAUUGUUGCGAAGAGGGUCAUAAACCAAAUAAGUGCACGGGUCCAACCACGUGUCGAAAUUGCAAAUCGUCUCAUCACGCUUCAUGGUCCACAGAAUGUGAAGUGUUUAAAGUAGAGCAGGAAGUUAUGCGCAUCAAAGUAAAUGAGGGUGUAAGUAUAAGAGAGGCUAGGAAUCUCUACAGGGCUAGGAACUCAUCAAACGCUACCUAUUGUGACGUUGUCAAGGGAAAUCAAGGUAACUUAAGUACAAAAGAAUCUAUUGUUGCUACAAAUAAUGCUCAACCACAGUCAAAUUCAAUACAAUCAAUGAAGUCACAAACAUCGCUGAAAGACUCUCACAAACCAGAAAAAUACAACAGUGCACCAGUAACAUCUAACAUGACACCAACACAGAUAACAGAGAACGAUUUAAAUAUGCCAGGAACAAGUUAUAACUCAAAAUUUAUUUUGAACCAUAUCGUCAGUUUGAAUGACGAUGGUAUUAGUAGUGGUAAUCAGAUGGAAAUUGAACCUCAAAAACUCACUCGACCUCGCUCUGAAACGAGCGAAGAUGAUUGUUCAAAGAAGAAAAUUAGAAAAUAG